GAAGAAACGUCCCGAUCAGCGUGUGAAAUUCACGAUGACGUUCGGCGUGUUUCAGGUGUUAUUUUAGUGAACUGACGUCCAACACGUAUGAUAUUCUAGUUUAUUUACCACACUGUUUAUUAGUCCACUAUAUUACAUUCAAAACAGAAAAAUCGUAGAGUGGCGUUAGUCACGUGCACUUAUCUCUUCCUGACGGAACACGAAGGCAGCCAUGUUUUUCAAAAUGGCGGAGCGUGGGGGAUUCAGUCACAGAGUUACACGCCUGAGGUAAACGUUGACGUUCCGGAUAUUUCCGUGCGUCCCAGUGAAUGUAUAAUUUCUGUAUAAAAUAAUUUAUAUUUCCAUGACAGUUCCUUCAAAUAAGUUAUAAUAAUCAAUAUUUUAAAAUAGCUAAUCAACCUGACGCUUUUUUUUUUUUUUUUUUUUUUUUUUUUUAAGUGAAAUGUAGCUUUAAGUGCGCGGAUUGGGACACCACCAUGAUUGCACUCCGCCCCCACAACGCCCUCUAGCGGUUACCAGGGCAACAGCCGAGCCGGAAGUAGACCUGCUCGAUCGAUACACGUGUGAAAUGCAGUAUAUCUAAAGAAAAACUCACUUCUGAUGAUAAUAUUAAUCAAAAACAAACUCAGAAGUCUGGAGAAAGAGUGAAGAUGUUCGGCUCUUCGAGGUCAGGAGGAGUGAGAGGAGGGCAGGACCAGUUUAACUGGGACGAUGUGAAAGUGGACAAACACAGAGAGAACUAUCUGGGGAACUCUCUGAUGGCCCCAGUGGGACGCUGGCAGAAGGGAAAGGACCUGACCUGGUUUAGUAAAGACAAACAGAGCUCAGGGACUCCGGACCGAGAGCAGGAGCUCCGAGCGGUGAGAGAGGCGGAGCACAACGCCAUGAUGGUCGCACUGGGUCAUAAAACUGUUCAGAAGCGUCCAGCCGGUCUAACGAAGGAGGAUUUGGUGGACGUGUGUAGAAGAGAGGGAGACGGGGAAGAACGAGACGUGGACCGAGUCUCUGGGCUGGGAAGCUCCAGUGGUGGAGGUCGGAGGAUGAUUUUGUCCAAACAGGAGAAGGAAGCGGUGAAAAUGGGUCUCCCGGUGUUUACCCAUCAUAAGGUGGCCGGAGGUGAAGCCGCAGCCGCAGCCAAGAACACAGAGGACACGCGGAUAGAAGAAGAGACUAAAAGUGACAGAAAUGAAGGCCACAAGAAAAGUAGAAAGGAGAAGAAGAGCAAAAAGGAGAAAAAGAAGAAGAAAGAGAAGAAGAAGCGGCACAGGAAAGAGUCGUCUUCCGACUCGGACUCUGACUCGGACCGUAAAAGACGUAAGCAGCACUACGGAGACCACCGACGUGGUUCUAGCCCGUCACAUGGCAGUCAGAGAGGAUUCGAUGCUCAUGACAGACGUUCAGAUCGGGGAUCAAAGGUCAGGCAUCGAAGCCCCUCCCCUUCACCCAGGAACCGCCCACCCCGACGUCGUCACGACACUGACUCAGACGACUGAUGUCCACGUGAGACAGCAGAUCUUCAGAUUCAUCAGCUUAUUAACACACAAGUGUGUGUGAGAGUGUGUUAGUGAUCACUGUGUGUGUGUGUGUGUGUGUGUGUGUUUGUUUGGGACACUGCUUCUGGAUUGUUUGUGAACAAAUGAAUAAACUGCAAUUUAUGUUUU